AUGGGGCCUUAUCAACCGGAACUGAAAGUAUUUCCUAACACUAAGUUUGGGGAUAAGAUGCGUCAAUUUAAUCCUGACUGGUAUAAGCCUCUAUAUUUUGGUUGGUUGGAAUAUAGCAUAAAAGAUGAUGCUGCAUUUUGUUUGUGUUGUUAUUUGUUCAAGAAUGAAUUUGAAAGUCGUGGUAAUGCGGGGAGAGCAUUUGUAGACAAUGGUUUUAGGAGUUGGAACCAUGGUCCGGUGAGACUUAAAUCACAUGUUGGUGAAGUAAAUAGUACUCAUAAUAAAUGUUUCAAUAGGAUGCUAGAUUUGAAAAAUCAACGUCAAUCGAUUCAAGCUUCUUUUUCGAAUCUCAAUGAGAAAGACAAGAGUGAUUAUCGAAUUCGCUUAAAUGCCUUGAUUUAUGUGGUAAGGUUUCUCCUAAGAAAUGGAUUAUCAUUUCGUGGUCAUGAUGAGAGUGAAGAUUCCGAAUACAAGGUCUUUUUCUUGAACUUUUGGAAUUUCAUGGAAAUAACCAUCCGGAUGUGGAAAAGAAUGCAAUUUAUUCUUUACUUGAGGAUCACUCGCAAUGUUUAUCGAAAUUACGUGGACAAGGGAAUACUUCGACAACACCAAGUGGAGAAGUUGGAAGAAUUGCUUAAAGUCGGAGAAAUUUUUACUGAGCAAGGAUUGAAUCAAGAACGUGGUCUCCAACGACCAGGUGAUACUCGUUGGGGAUCUCAUUUUAAGACCUUGGAAAAUUUCAUGAUUAUAUUUUCUUCAAUUGCUAAUGUGCUUAAAGAUAUGAAAGAAGAUUCUCCACUCAAGUUUGAUAGACUUGCAGUAGGAAAUCUUCUGGAUAACAUUCAGGAAUUUGAAUUUGUCUUUAUUUUGCAUUUGAUGUUCAAGAUGUUGCUUUUUGCAAAUGAAUUGAACAGAGCUUUAUAA